UACGACACCACAAUAAAACGCACAGAUUGGAUAUGACUCUCUUUCAGGUGUUUCCUUGACAGUAAUGUUACUUUUCUUGUGUGCCACUAGUCGUCACUUGCCUGUGUUGGCGAUUGUGAGUCAGUAGCCUACGUGUGAGUGCGUGUUUUGUGUGUGUGUUGUGAGUGCAUGUGUUGUGUGAGAGAGAGGGACACACAGAUGCUUUCCUGUAAUUUCCUCUGUGCCCCGAUGCGCUCAUUGGUGCGUCCCUCCAACGUGUCACCAGUUUUGGUGGAUUACCCCAGAUAUCUUCACCAUCAGUAGGGUGUAACACCACUCCUUUCUCUCAACUUCUGUGUGCACGGUGUCCAGCUGCCAAGAAGGACCUGUGAUAACACUUUGGAAACUUGUGUCAUUCAAAGAAGCAUUUGGGAGAAAGGAUUCGAGUAUUUUUAUUAGUUCUUUUACGCACGCCGAGCACAAAAAUGCAUCUAUUUGCUUCAGAGUCAAGGAUGACUUCGUCAUUUUCAUUCCUAGCGCUCCUGUUUCUGGUGUCCUGGCUGUUGAAGGGUUUCUGUGUUAGUGGCUCCCCAGGUUGCGCGUCCUGUGGCUUGCCGGCGAUGGAUAAAGAAGCAGAGGAACUGUUGAUGAUAGAGAUCGCCAAACAGCAACUUUUGGAAAAACUGCACCUGAAAGAAAGACCAAACAUCACUCACACGGUGCCUCGGGCGGCGCUCUUCACUGCUCUGCGCAAACUGCAUUCGGGGCGCGUCAGACAGGAUGGUACUCUUGAACUAGAAAACAGUAUACCUGCAAAAGAUCAAGGCUAUGAAAUAGUGAGCUUUGCAGAUAUAAAUGAACCAGUGAGCAAUGAUGAGGCCAGCCUCAGUCUUGCAUUUCAGUUUCUGCAGGAACAUGGCAAGAGUGUCCAGGUCCUCCAGUCUUCUCUCUGGAUCUAUGUCCGCUCCUCCAAGGACCCUCACCGGGACUCACGCCUCUCUGCCAGGGUCUUCCUUUCAGCAGAUGGCAGGGUAUCAUCCUCUAACCGCACCCUGGUGAUAGAAAAGAUGCUCGAGGUCCAGGACAGUAACUGGCACACUUUCCCCAUCACCCGCACACUGCAGUCCUUCCUGGAUGGUGGCCAACACCAACUGCGUCUGGAGGUUAGCUGUGAGGAGGAUGGGAAGAACCUUUGCUCCCUGGAUAACUCUGCCGAUACCCCGAACCAACCCUUUCUGGUGGCCCAGGUGCGUCUCCGUGACAACCACUCCAAACACACACUCAGAAAGCGCUCUCUGCGUUGUGGUGAAGAUGUAACUGUGUGCUGCAAGAGAGACUUCUACAUCAAGUUCAAGGAUAUCCAGUGGCAUGACUGGAUCAUUGCACCUGAAGGCUACCAUAUGAACUACUGCAUGGGUCAGUGCCUCCAACAUCUGUCUGGUUCCCCAGGUAUAGCAUCAUCAUUCCAUGCCACUGUCUUCAGCCAGCUGAAAGUCAACGGCAUUAACACAGGUGCCUCUUCAUGUUGUGUUCCCACUGAGCGCAGGCCACUUUCCAUGGUCUACUUCAACUCUCAGCACAGCAUUGUCAAAACGGACGUUCCUGAUAUGAUAGUAGAGUCCUGUGGAUGUACAUAAAAGAGAGUAUGAGAGAAAUAUUGCAAUUAAUAUGAAUUUGCUUUCAUGCAGUUUACCUAAAACAGAGAUAAGAAAGAUACAAGACAGGGAAGAUACAAACACACAUGUACAGAGGAAAGGAAAUGUAAGCAUUUCUCUGUGUUUAGUUAAGGACAAAUAGCAUUUGUGUUACUACAUAAGAAAAACUAAUUGAAUUCAGCACAUCACUUUAGUAUUUCAUUGACAGAAGAAAAAAACUAUAUAAAUCAGAGGUCACACCAAAGGACACAAUAAGAACUCAAAGCGAUUAAUAUGAAGCCUUCACUGUAGAGUAAAAUGUAUAGCUUUAAACUUUGUCUUUGUAUAUAUGAGGUAUUUAUUUAGUCUUAGACAAUUGCUGCUGGGAUCCAGUUCAAAUAUGCUGUAAAAUAUUUUAUGAAUCUCAGGAAAUUGGGAUCAGAACUGAUGCCACCCAAACUCUUUCAAAGCACAUUGGCUAAGUUUCCAGUAUAUUUCAUAAUAUAGUAAUGUAUGUCCACAUACAAAUAAUAAAUGCUUUUUUUACUUUUUAUUUUUACAGAACUGUUAUACUUACAUGACUAAUAUUGCACCUUCUCUUAGUCUACUUAAAUGCUUCCAUUUAAAGUGAGUUAAGAGACCCUUGAUUUAAAGUGUGCCUUCUUUAUUAUCUUGUGAUGACAAAUCGCAACUUAUACAUUGAGUAUCAAGUCGUCUUGGAUAAAAGGGGUCUAAAAACCAAAGAGAAUCAGUUCUGCACUUCUGCUUGAAUCUUAUUUUAUGUAUGCAGCAUCAUUUUCAUUUUUCCCUUUAGUAUUGAAUGUGGACCUGUGACACAAAGUUUAUAAGGACAGUUAUUUGUAUUCUUAUAAUUUGACUUUUUCUUAUAUUACAUCCAACAACUAUUUUCAUUUUUGUGCAAAGUUGUGAUGAGAAUAAUUUAGUGAAGUGGAAACUGAAAGGGUUUGAACUGGAAAAAUCUGCACCUGAUGAUGCAGGCUGAAAUAUGUUUGAUCAGCAUCUCCACUGUAUUAUUUGCACAGGACGGCUAAUCAGUUGGGCAACUGUGGUACUGACAACAUUUGAACUCAAGGUCAUUUCUCAGCUGCAUGAGCAAACAUUUGGCUAUUGCUUCAGUGUCUGUUAAUGUGAAGGUCUGCGCAGCAGGUAGGUCAAUGGGCAUGUGCUGUUGCACGUUGGCAUUUAUAGCUCUCAAAGUCUAAAGUUUUCUGGGAUGAUGUAAAUUUAGAAGCUUUCCAGCUAAAGGUAAAAAAAAAAGGCCACUAUGCAUACUGAAAUCAUUUGACUUAAAGAGUGGUGUUGAUGGACACUGUUGCCCCACAAUACAACAAAUAACACAAAUGGAGGACCUACCCACUGCUUAACACUUUAAGCCUUUUUUUUUGCAUGUGAAAUUAGUAUUACAAAGCUGACAUCUGUCAGCACAUGAUUUGUAUCAUUUCAUGCUAGUAAAAAAUAUAAUGUACAAUACUUUGUUAACUACAAAAGUAUUACACUGCCAGCAGUAGUAGAUGUUAGCUCAUGGUAUGGAAAUGGGGCAAAUCCUUGUUUACUUUUUUUUAUUUUUUUUAGCCUACUUGGUUUACACCAAGCAGUGUAAAAGUCAAAUAUCUUUUUUAUGCUUUCUGGAUGGUGUCUCAAGGGUGGUAAUUUUCCUCACUGGAUUGGUAAACUGCAUGCUUUAAGUACCUGUAAUGUACAGCCAAGAGGCAACAAGCAAAACUUUGAGCAAAUGAAGAUGGAGCAUUUUGAUCAUUAAGAUCUUUCAUCACAUCUUUGUUCAAAUAGCCUGCAAACAUGUUUAGACUGUUUUGAUCAUUUUUGUCAUUCCUCAUCAACAAUGAAUAUCACCUCUCUUUGUUGCCUCUAAAAGCUGCACUUGUAUUAUUACUUUAUUGUUUAAUGCUUUAGUUUAUUGUUUGUUUUAUUUUACAAGCACCUCCUGUUCCAGGAAGGUAACAUCAUAACAUAACUUACUAGGCACUUUAUAAUCCUACACUGUAUUUUUAGAGCAAAUUUUGCUUGAAUGGUCUACUACUUACAACUUGGAUGGGCACUGCCAAGAAAUGUAAAAAGGCCUACAUAAAGCAAAUUUAAAUCAGUUUCUUAAGCUCUAUUUGUUUUAAAUAUGUGGUUUUGUAUAUGAGCACACCAUUGAUGCAAGAAUGUCUUUACAUUUUAAGUGGUGGAUUUGAAUUCUGUUUUAAUUUAAUGUUAUACUAUAAUUCUGUCUUUAUUUUUUAUAUCAUACUAUAUUUUAUGCAUAAAGUGAUUUAUCAAAGCAAUUGUUAAAGGUUUGUCAUAAUGUGCUGAAAUGGCAUUUUGUGAUUUCAGUGAAAGUAUAUUUUUAAUAAAUAAAUAUUUUCAAUCAA